CCCAAACACACGAGACGGGUCCCAUGUCUGCAAUCCUUUCAAUUCCAUCCUCAAACCCUCCCACCAUAUCCACGUUCAAGAAUCUCGACUUCUGCUCAACCAUGGCCGAGCUCAAGCAGCACCACGCCCAAAUCGUCAAGCUCGGCCUCUCCUCCGACAACGAUGGCACGGGACGCCUCAUCAAGUUCUCCGCCCUCUCACAGUCCGGCGACUUGCCUUAUGCACUGAAGGUGUUCGCUUCAUUGCCCCAACCAGAUGCUUUCAUAUACAACACCAUCUUCAGAGCCUACUUACACGCACAAUUGCACACGCACUGCCUUUCCCUCUACUCCCACAUGCUCCAAAACUCCGUCACGCCCAACAACUACUCCUUCCCUCCCGUUAUCCGAGCGUGCGCCGCUGCUGCCGGAGUCGGAAAGCAGGUGCACGCGCACGUGAUCAAAUUCGGAUUCUCUCGAGACUCGUAUUGCCAGAACAAUUUGAUCCGAAUGUACGUCGGCUUCGAUGAAUUGGAGGCCGCGAGGAGGGUUUUCGAUCGUAUGGAGAGGAAGGACGACGUUUCUUGGACAACGAUGAUCAGUGGCUACUCGCAAUGCGGAUGGUUGGGCGAGGCGCUGCGUGUUUUCGAGACGAUGGCUGUCAAGAACUCAGCUGCGUGGAACGCUGUGAUCGCAGCUCAUGUGCAGAAUAAUAGAUUUCAUGAUGCUUUCAAGCUCUUUGAUAGGAUGAUGGAGGAGGAUGUGGAGAUGGAUGGCUUUGUUGCGGCUAGUAUGCUCGCGGCUUGCACGGGGCUAGGCGCGCUGGAGCUAGGCGAGUGGAUACAUGAGCGGAUGGAGAGUAGGGGGAUCAGGAUCGACACGAAGCUGGCGACGACGCUCAUGGAUAUGUAUUGCAAAUGUGGGCGUUUGGAUAAGGCGGUUGAGGUGUUCGAUGGGUUGCGUGUCAAGGGAGUUUCGUCGUGGAACUGUAUGAUCGGAGGGUUUGCGAUGCACGGACGAGGUAGGGAUGCGAUUGGGCUUCUGAAGAGGAUGGAGGCGGAGGCGGGGAGGCCGGAUCCUGUGACGUUUGUGAAUGUUCUUGCGGCUUGUGCACACUCGGGUAUGGUGGAGGAGGGGAGGCGUUACUUCUCUUACAUGACCGAGGCCUAUGACAUCGCUCCUAGGAUGGAGCAUUACGGCUGCUUGGUUGAUCUGCUCGGGCGGGCGGGGUUGUUGGAUGAGGCUAGGAUGGUUAUAGAUGAGAUGCCGAUGAGCCCAGAUGUUGGAGUGUUGGGAGCCCUUCUCGGGGCUUGUAGGAUCCAUGGGAAUCUCGAAAUGGCGGAGGAGGUAGGGCAUCGGGUGAUUGAGCUAGAGCCGGGGAACAGUGGGCGAUACGUGCUUCUGGCGAACCUAUACGCGAAGGAAGGGAGAUUGGAGGAUGUGGCGAGGGUUAGGAAGUUGAUGAAUGAUCGAGGGGUGAAGAAGGUGGCCGGUUCUUCAACGAUCGAACUAGCUGGUAGCGUGUGUGAGUUUGUGGCCGGCGGUAGGGCUCACCCCGAGGCUCGAGAGAUAUAUGCCAAAGUCGGGGAGAUUGUGCGUAGGAUUAGGGAUUUUGGGUAUGUGACGGAUAGUGAGGGAGUGUUGUAUGAAGCAGGUGAGGAGGAGAGUGAGAAUCCAUUGCACUACCAUAGUGAGAAGCUGGCUAUUGCAUAUGGGCUGCUGAAGACCAAGCCCGGUGACACGAUCCGCGUCACGAAGAAUUUGCGUGUGUGUAAGGAUUGCCACGAGGCAAGUAAGCUCAUCUCGGAAGCGUAUGAUCGAGAGAUAAUCGUGAGGGAUCGGAAUCGAUUCCACCAUUUCAAAGGGGGAGUUUGUUCGUGUAACGACUACUGGUGACCACCGUUGAUCGGACGAGAAACGAGAU